CGCCCAUCGUCUUUUGCCCUUUACGCAGCCAUUAAGCAUCUUCUCUAACAAGACAAGUUUACACCAGUUUCAGGUUACAGAGAGGAGGAAAAAAGAUGUCUUUGGUGACAGAAGAGAUCAAAGCCAGUGCUUCAGAAGUAUACCGUGGAGAUGAGAUCUGUCAAGUGAAAUCCAAGUCUUUGCUGGAGGAGAUGGGCAUGCCCAGAGGGCUUUUGCCUUUGAAAGACAUUGAAGAAUGUGGAUAUGUGAAGGAGACAGGGUUCGUGUGGCUUAAACAGAAGAAGAGCAUAACCCACAAGUUUGAAAAGAUUGGGAAGCCUGUUUCCUAUGCAACUGAAGUCACUGCAGUGAUUGAGAAAAACAGGAUAAAGAAGCUGAAUGGGGUUAAGAGCAAGGAGCUUUUGAUUUGGGUCACACUGAGUGAUAUCUAUGUUGAUGAUCCAGCCACUGGCAAAAUCACUUUCAAGACCCCUGCUGGGCUGUCCAGAUCUUACCCUGUAUCUGCUUUUGAGAUUGAAGGUGAGGAAUCAUCCAAGGAGAAGAACUAAGACAAGGUGUCUUAAUUUCCAUUAGGAGAAGAACCCUUCAUAUCUGGGUUAAUUUAAUAUUCAUGGUUUUGGAUUGCUUUCAUUUCCUGUUGAGUGUCUUUAACUAAUAGCAUUACUUCUAGUAAUCAAUCAAUAUAUAAUAAUUAAAAGAAAAAGGUGUUUGCAGUUUCAA